CCGGGACACCGCAGGGGCCCUCGUCCCCGGUGGAGGCCGGGGUCGCGCCUGCGCGGUGGCGGGUGGGCGCCGACGGGGAGCGGCGGCGGUGGCGGCGGCGGCCUGGGAGCGGCGUCCAGCGGGGAACUCGCGCUGCGCCUGCUGCGGCCCAGCGUCCGGGCCCCGCGCCGAACCCGGCAUGCUGCCCCGGCGAUGGGCGACCCAUCGGAGGGCCCUGGACUGGACGCUUUCCCCCUGAUCACCCUUCCCCCUUUAUUUUUAUUGUGGCAAAAUGUGACAGUUCGUGAUGCCAUAAAUCAAGGUAUGGAUGAGGAGCUGGAAAGAGAUGAGAAGGUGUUUCUGCUCGGGGAAGAAGUGGCCCAGUAUGAUGGGGCUUACAAGGUCAGUCGAGGCCUAUGGAAGAAAUAUGGAGAUAAGAGGAUCAUAGACACCCCCAUAUCUGAGAUGGGAUUUGCUGGAAUUGCCGUAGGUGCAGCUAUGGCUGGGUUGCGGCCCAUUUGUGAAUUUAUGACCUUCAAUUUCUCUAUGCAAGCCAUUGACCAGGUUAUAAACUCAGCUGCCAAGACCUACUACAUGUCGGCGGGCCUUCAGUCUGUGCCCAUUGUCUUCAGGGGGCCCAAUGGGGCCUCGGCAGGCGUAGCUGCCCAGCACUCACAGUGCUUUGCUGCCUGGUAUGGACACUGCCCAGGCUUGAAGGUGGUCAGCCCCUGGAACGCAGAGGAUGCAAAAGGACUUAUUAAAUCGGCCAUUCGAGAUAACAAUCCAGUGGUGAUGCUAGAAAAUGAAUUGAUGUAUGGAGUUGCUUUUGAAUUUCCCCCAGAAGCUCAGUCAAAAGAUUUUCUGAUUCCUAUUGGAAAAGCCAAAAUAGAAAGGCAAGGGACACACAUAACUGUAGUUGCCCAUUCAAGGCCUGUGGGACACUGCUUAGAAGCUGCAACAGUGCUAUCUAAAGAGGGAAUUGAAUGUGAGGUGAUAAAUCUGCGAACCAUCAGACCAAUGGAUGUUGAAACAAUAGAAGCCAGUGUCAUGAAGACCAAUCAUCUCGUAACUGUGGAAGGAGGGUGGCCACAGUUUGGCGUAGGAGCUGAAAUUUGUGCCAGGAUCAUGGAAGGCCCUGCAUUCAAUUUCCUGGAUGCUCCUGCAGUUCGUGUCACCGGAGCUGAUGUCCCUAUGCCUUAUGCAAAGAUUCUAGAAGACAACUCUGUACCUCAGGUUAAAGACAUCAUAUUUGCAAUAAAGAAAACAUUGAAUAUCUAGUUGGGACUUGAAUAUCAAGUCAUUGGAAUUUAUUUAAAUACUUGCUGACACUACCUGGAUUGAAGGGUAAGAUCUUACAAGUCGUUAAUGUUUUUGUACUGGGAAGAAUGUACUUGUAAGUGGAAAACUCCAUUCUUACUGCCCUAGACUCCAUGCCUGUUUUUUUUGUCUGUUACAAUUGCUCUUUCUUUGAAUAAGACUAAUGUAAAAUUUUGCCCUCUCAAUGGAAGGACAAAGUAUGAAUGGCAGAGUCCUGAUGAAAGAUAGAUAGAUAUAUAUAUAUAUAUAUAUAUAUAUACACACACACACACACACACACACACACAUAUAUAUACAAAAAGACAAUUUGUAUGUAAAGAAAAGCAUAUGAUCUACAUUUACUGUUAGAUUGUUUUGAUAAGGAAUAAAGGAAUUCCUAACUAUGA